UUUGGAUGGUUCAUUCGGAUUUUAUAUUUGAAUGGAUGAUGAUCGGGCAGUUCACUUGCAUUUUCAUUAUAAAUCAGAAAAGUAUAGGAAAUUUUGUUAAACUUCAAACUUAUUUUCACAGCAAUGUUUCAUUCAACAAUGAUCAUACCGGCAUCGUCAUAUAGUCAACAACAACAACAACAAUAUUCAUCCAUAAUUUUACAUCAUCAUUAUCAUCACCAUCAUCUUUGGCAUCAUGCUUAUCAACAACAGCAUUUGUCAUCAUCGAAUGCUGUGAUGAUGCUGUUGCAGCCACCAACUUCGAAUGUUUCGAAUGUUCAGCUUACAUAUCCGGCUAAUUCUACUCAUUUUGCGACUAUUGCGACAUCAUCGAAUCCCAAAUCAAAAUAUCAAAACUCAACAGCAACAAAUUCUCCACCAACUAGAAUUCCACCGCCAGAAUCAUCAUGUUCAUCAUCAUCAUGUAAUUCAUCGUUAUCGGGUAAAUCAACCCCUUAUUAUGGUGGUUAUGGUUCCCAACCAUCAUCACCAUCAUCAUCAUUAUCGACGUUUGAUGAUUCAGCGAUGAUGAUACACCCAGCACCCUGUUUAAUACCAUCAUUUACAACAACGUUAAUGGAUAGCCAUUCUUCCUUAAUAGCACCACAAUUUUCUUUUGCUUCUAAUCAACCUUUGACAACAACAGUAUCAUCGACAUCGAUCAAUCCAUCACCACCACCUUUAUUACCACCAACAAUUUAUCAUCCCACAGCAAUACCUUCGCUGAAAACAUCAUUAAAAGAAUUAUAUGCUGAUUUAGGCGUCUAUUACAAUCCGGUGCCAUGGAAUCAAUCAUUCGGUAUGGAACGAGUAUGGAUGUCGGAAUUUCGACGAAUAUUUUCACAAUUUUCAACCGAAUUAUGGUCCAUACAACCGGUGGAUAAGAAACCAACAACCCAUUCUAAUAUUCGUCUGCACAUGUUUGUCGAUUCGGCUAAAGUUCGUUUCUGUUGUGAGCGUUGUUCGCAUAGUUGGACAUCAAUGAAAGGCCGUAUAGUAUUUUGGUUUAAUUUAUUACAACCCAAUUUCAAAUGUGGAAUCGUUGCCAUUAAAUUGUUUGGACAACGAUGUGAUUCAUGCAAUAGAGAUAAUUCAUUCGAACAACCAAUGUGGUAUCCCGAGGAAGUUACCAAGGUUCUAAUGAAUCUAUAUAAUCGUGUUGGACAAAUAUUUUAUGGAUUUGAAAAGACUAAAUAUGAACGACAACGACGAAUGGGUAAACCACGACAACAACACAAUAAAUCAUUAUGUCAAGCAUGUCAGGAAGGUAUUUGCCUGAAUCGAUCAUCAAACAGAUCAAAUAACGAUAACAAUGAUGAUGAGGAGGAUGAUGAACUUAAUGAUGAGCUUAACCCUCAAUCUCAACAGCAACAAAACAACCAUGAUGAUUAUGAUGAUCAACAACCAAUCGAACCAGAAUUGAAAGAAACAUCAGAUAACAAUCAUAAUGAUGAGGAUGAUCAGGAAAGUGAAGAUAGCGGAGUGAAUGAUACGAGAAGUAUCGAUUCAAAUGAUGAUUCUCAUCAUACAGGUUUAUCAUCGUCAAUAUCCUGAUCACACAAAACGAAAUCAGCUAGCAAAUAUAAAAUGAUGAUAUAAAUAAAUAAUUAUUCAAUUC